GGUGUAUCACUGGCUGGCCUGGUUUUUUCUUGAAUUCGAUCAUUAUUCUCCCAGGCCAUUUCCUGAGCUGAGAGAGUGAGAGAGUAGUGCGCCAUGGACGCAGUUGUAGGGUUGGUGAUAGGCAAAGUAGUACAAAGUGUGGAAGAAAACGAGACGCUUAUUCUUGGGAUCGAGGAUCAGGUGGAAGAUCUGCUGUGCGAACUCAGGUCGUUCUGGGCUCUCAGUGAAGCAGCCAAGAACUGUAAUGACAAAGCUGUACUCGAAGAAGUGGUGCAGAAGAUUCAGAAAGUUGUAAUUGAUGCUGAAGAUGCCAUUGAUAAAUACCUUGUAGAGGAAAGGAACCACAGAGGCAGAGGGGUCCUCAUGAAAUGGCCGGAAAAAGUAAGUUAUUAUAACAAGGUUAAUGAUGCUGCCAAGGAGAUGGAGAGCAUUAAGAAAAGGGCGGAGAAAAUCCGGCUAGAUCUUGAGUUACUCCAAGGCGGUUCGCUAAAUAAUCCUCAGCUGCCGGCGGCGGAUCUCCAGGCUCAUGUGGCGGAAGAUGAAUUGGUAGGCUUUGAUGAGGAUGCUCAAACUAUAAAGUAUCGUCUCACUGAAAAAUUAGAUGAUACGACUGUAAUUGCAAUUGUUGGAGGGGCUGGAAUAGGCAAAACCACAUUGAUGAAAAUGAUAUUUAAUGAUCGUGAACUUCGUCACGAGUUUUUCACUCGUCUUUGGAUUUACGUAUCUAUGACCGUGAAUAGGAAACAAAUAUUCAUGGACAUUAUAAGUAAUUUCACCAAGGAAACCAGCGGUUACAAGGAUAUGAAGGAGGAACAACUAGCAGAAAGAAUCCAGGAUUUUUUGAUGGAGGGGAAGUAUUUCAUUGUUGUGGAUGAUUUAUGGCGCACGGAAGAUUGGGAUUAUUUGAGAACUGCUUUUCCUAACAACCAGAAAGGCAGUAGAAUAUUGGUAACAACGCGUGUUCUUGAAGUGGCUAAUCAUGUUGAUUCUAAAAAUGCUCCAUACAAAUUAAAUUUUUUAAGUGUUGAGCAAAGUUGGGAGUUAUUACAAAAGAAAGUUUUCCCCAUGGGAACAUGUCCUAGUUAUCUUGAAUCCAUUGGGAGAAGAAUUGCAAUUAAAUGCAAUGGGUUACCGCAAGCAGUAGUGGUGAUUGCUGGUGUCCUUGAUAAGAACAGCUCACCUGCAGAGUGGCUAGAGGUGGCUGAAGAUCUGUUUCCAUUAAUCAAUUGGGAAAACCAAAGCUACAAUGAACUUGUAUUACUGAAUUACAAUCAUUUGCGUAACUACACAAAAGAUUGUUUCCUAUAUCUUGCAGCAUUUCCAAUGGGACAUGAAAUUCCUGUUUGGAAACUGAUUCGCUUGUGGAUUGCAGAAGGAUUUAUUCCUUAUUCAUCCCAGCAGAACAUGGAGGGCACUGCUGAAACAUAUUUGAAGGAUUUUGUGAAUAGGAAUCUAUUGAUGGUAGUGAAAACAAGAGCGGACGGUGAAAUCAAAUCUUGCCGUCUUCAUGACAGAUUGCACGAGUUUUGCAAAUCUGAAGCUAUGAAGAAUAAUCUGUUCCAUGAGAUUGAUGGGGCAAGAAUAGAAGGAAAUGAGAAUUACCGUCGCUUGUCCAUCCGUUUCUCCCUUAAAGACUUCAUAGCAGGUUCUAAGGACAAGUCAUCAGGUCAGCAUAUCCGCUCUCUUCUAACAUCUACAAAACUUAAGAUUCCCAAACAACACUUAGCAGCUAUUCCCAAAUCCUAUCCACUUCUCAAAGUGUUUGAUGCUGAAUCCCUCACAUUUGAAAUAUUGCCCAAAGAGCUUUAUCACUUAUAUCAUCUACGUUACUUGGCUAUCUCAACUGACAACAAUAUCAUUCCAAAACUAUUCACUCAUCUGUGGAACUUGCAAACUCUUGUGUUCAAAACAUCGCAAAGUACAGUUGAUGUUAAGGCUGAGAUAUGGAACAUGCCAAAACUAACGCAUAUCCUGUCAAAUGCCUCUUUGCAACUCCCCCCUCCUAAUUCACAAAGUUGCCAAGACAACUCUUCUUCUUCAUCAUCAUGUCCAGAAUUAUUGCAAACUCUUUCCACCAUAUCACCCAAAAGCUGCACUGAAGAGAUCUUUGACAAGAUGCCUAACCUUAAGAAACUAGGCGUCCGUGGGAAUAUUGUAGCAGAGCUUCUAGAGAGCAAGGAAGGAAUUUGCUUGUUUGACAAUAUACGAAAGUUGGAGAAACUCGAAAAGCUGAAACUCAUGCAUGAAGCUUUCAAUUAUGAAGCUACCACACUGCAGCGGCCUAUUAUUCCACAAGCUGACAGAUUCCCAAGCAGGUUAAGAAAGCUGACUUUAUCCAAGACGUCCUUUGAUUGGAAAGACAUUUGCGUAUUGGGAUCCCUGGAAGAGCUGGAGGUCCUCAAGUUGGGGGAAUUAGCAGUCAAGGGAGAUUGUUGGGAACUGAACAAUGAUGUUGUUUUUAGGAGCCUUCAAUUCUUGGGCAUUGGGAGAACGGACUUGGUGUACUGGAGUUGUGAGCAGAGUAGCUUCCCAGUAUUGAGACGGCUUUACAUAUCGCAAUGUGAACAACUUAAUGAAGUCCCACUUUCCUUUAAGGAUGUGAAGAGCCUCAAGAUUAUUGACUUGUUUUAUACCAACCAACGGGCUGCUAAUUCUGCAAGGAGUAUACUACGCCAGAAACCUAACUUGGAUUUUGUGCUCUCUAUUUUGCCUCCUCAUCAUUGACUGUACUACUUCAACUCCAUCUAUUGCAAUGCCGCCUGAUUCUA